AUGUCAGAGAUCAACGCCCCCAUUGUGUCGGAGAAGGUAGUGACAGAGGAAAUUGGGCUCCGGAUUCCGCUGAUAUUUUUGCGAAUACGAGAAGCGCAUGGAGGGCGGGCGGUCGUAGCUAGCUACGCACGUAUAUAUAGGAGUGCACGGCAGUUCGCCGGCCAGUCGCCCGCCGAAGCUCGCCGCAACGCAACGUACGACUGCGCUGAGCUUUCAGCCGACAUCAACCCA